AUGGUGGCCCUCAUUGCGGAAGCCACAAUGGACAGCUCAUCUGCUCAUGAUGGCAAGAGUCGCUUGAGGGCUUCUGUUGUGGAAUCUUUCAAAGUUGAUGAGGUCUCGGCAUGGAAAAACUUUGUGAGUCAAACUGGCCUACGUUUCAAAGGUCUUCGCAGAGUUCACUACUUUCGUUUCUGCAUGAGACAAGAUCUAGGAGCGGAUGUCCUAGACAACGUUGCUGAAUUGGAGGAGUUCCAUCAUUUUUUUCAGCCCCAUCCAGAGGACAUCUUCUUAGUCACCAAGCGUUGGCUGGCUGAUACAGAAAUUUCGAGAGCGAUUGCGCUGGUGCCAGCCUCCAAAGCACAAGAGAUUCGUGAAGGGUUUCAUCUACCUGCUGGACUUGCCCCCAGACGCUCCAUCACUGAAAAAGUGAAAAACAAUUUGCAGAAAAGAGUUCCUCCUCUGCAACGGAAAGGUGAACUAUCCGCUGAGUCUGCAAGUUACCUUUUGCAGUGGAGUUCUGGAACGCUGGGGAAAAUUCCGAAGCCACAUGCUUAUUCAAUUUUCAGUUACUCCUACAAGGGUCCACCGCAAGUUCACCAGCCUGGCGCAUGGAGAAUCCCUCACAGAGUUGCCCAUCAUGACUUGACCCUGGAAACUUUUGACGAAGGUGCCCAAAGUGAUGAUUCUUCCUCUGAUGACGCUUCAUGCCAGCAGUGUGCGACAGGACCAGACGCUACUCAAUCGGAGGUGCUGCUGGCAUCCGAUGAUGACCCCGAACUGGACCGUGCUCCAGCUCACUCGGUGGAAUCCCACGAAGUUUUUGGCUUCGUGCAGACAUUCCUGACCAAUGACAAGUUUGAUGGCAUGAGAAGGCGCAUGAACCUGGCUCUUCUUGCCAAAGGUAUGAUCACCAUUGGUAGCCUAUUCAGUGGCUGGGGCGUCUUGGAAAUGGUACUCUCAGAGCUGGAGCGGCAGUGGAACCAGCUCUUCCCAGAAAUCCCAUUUCAGGCCAAGAUCAUGUUCAUGUCGGAGAAUGAUCGACGCAAGCAGGAGUAUUUAGAGUCCAGGUUCAAGACGUCUUGUGGCCUGUUUGUUGAUGCCAAAGAUCUUGGAAAUACCUUCGUUGACUUCCUCAUCGCAGGAUUUCCUUGUGUGAGUAUAAGCCCACUGACUACGACGCCUGGAAGUGUCGUUGAUGCUGGUUGCUCCAGCGGCAGUGGCUUUUUAGCCGUGGAAGCCUAUGUCAAAAGGUACGCUAUGAUGAAGAAGCGAUUGGAGAAACUCGGAUAUGCAGUGUCAGGCGCGUCCUACAACGCUGCGGACUUCGGAGUCCCGCAGCAACGACGACGUGCAUGGCUGUUGUGCAUCCAAGAGGCUGAGAUGAGUAACAGUUCUGAUUGGCUAGCCACUGACAUGAACCAGUUUCAGUGCCGAUGCCCUUCUUUGUUCUCGAUCGUUGACUUAGAGAACAUCAAGGACUCAGGUUCCAAAGGUCACCGAACUGCCGAUGUGACUGCCAAGUGGAAGAAGGGUUAUGAAGAACAGUGCACGAUCUAUGGAAAGGCGAACCUGGAUCGAAGGGUGUCCCAACUGAGCAAGCUUGCCAUCUCAUGCUCCAACCGGGAGGUUGCCAUUUUGGCAGUCGCGCUGGAGGAUCUAGAGCGAUCUCAUGGAAUCGGUGAGAGCUUUGGCCUGCGACUUUCCGACGGUGAUCAGCCAAUGGAUGAUGGAGCCAACCUGGAGCCUCAUGUCCAAGAGUUUCGGUUCGACGACGGGGGCAUGAAGGGAUUGGCGGCAGCCCUCUGUUGGUGUGGAUUGGUCUACUUCGUGAGCAAUUUGGAUGACUCUGUGGUUUGUCAUGGAGGGGUGAAGGAGCUGGCAAUGUCUCUCCUUUCGAUUCCAACCUACUACAGGAGGCCCGGCCAAGACCCAGCUCAUGCGAUGAUUGGUCGCAUCAUCCGUCAGAACGUCGAGGCCAAGAAGAUGGCCGUAAGUUCGUUCGAGUGGUCCCAAAUUCUUGGCAAAAUGGCAAAGGAAGGUGAAAAAAUCACGGUGCAGGAGGCCAUCGAGAUCUACAAUGGGAACCCCGAAGUGGUCUCCCAUGGAGGCAGUGGUGGGUCAAAGGACAAGUCUGGCACAGGGUCACUCAUGCUGGACACCAAAAAGCAGUACGCCAUCAAACAUUGGCUCGAGCGAACUUGCGAGGGUGCUAUCCACGAAGUGAUGAUCAGCUUGAAGGAUGCUCCAUUUGCCUUCGGCCCUUGGGGUGAAGGACUGAGUGUGAUGAGCUUUCUCUUCUUGGAAUCAGUGGUAGACUUGCACCCAGUCCAGAACUGCGGCUUGAUCCCUGUCGUCAGCGAGGCCACAAUUCCCAUAGACUGGACUUUGCCUAUGAGCAGUGCGGCACAAAGUUUGCUUUUCCACCGGAUCAGAGUUGGGUUUGAACAAGCCACCGCGAUUCUGGAGAAUCCAAUGGACAAAAAGCGCUACCGCAUGACAGAGGAUGAGUUGAUGGACACCAGGAAUUUGAUGUGCUUGUGGGCACAGAUUGCUUCAUUCUGCUCUACCAGGUUGGGAACCUUUCAGGACUUUCAGGUUGGAAAAAGCAAAGAUUUUGAGUUGAGAGAGAUCCUGGACCAAAGACCUUCUUGCUUUAGCAUCUCAAUGCUUUCCAGCUUUCAGAAGCAAGCCUUGGAACAAGUUCGAGCGGCAGAGGAAGGAGCAACCUUGGAAGCUGAAGCAGAACGCCUCAAGGUGAGAGAUGCCAGGUGGCAGUGGUUCCAGAACGCUUUGGAGCGUGACCAGGCCCUGCUUCGUCAGAUUGGAUCAGCGCCUGAGAAGAUUCAGGCCCUUCGCCAUCGGAAGCAAAUGUCUUGGCGUUUGGUCCAAGCCAAGCAAGGGGAGAAAUUGGUGAAGAGCUACAUGGAGAAGUUUCUGCGGACAGAGCUGGUUUCGAAGGUGGAGCUGGCACAGCAGAAAGUCAACGAGUUCAGAAGCUUUGUCGCUCAGAGCUCCGGGCGUGCAGAGACCGACGUCUUCAUCCUCGGGGUCGUUGACCUCAAUGUGCCGGGAGCGAAGUCAUCGGAGAAGAUCCAGGAAAUCAGCCAAUGCAUCCAAUUCAUCAACGAUCUGGCGCCGGAUCGGCAUGCAUGUCUUUUGGAGAUGAGCGAGCAUGCGAAGCGUUCAUCGAAGAGAGGAAUCAGCGAUGAAGAGAGGGAGGUAGAGGAGGCGUUGUGGAGUUUGCGGCAACAUCUUGACUCGAGGCGCUUUAGCAACGGGCGUCUGGUCGGCAACAUCGAUGCUACUGACACCAAUGCUUGGUUGACAUGCUCCGAGCUUGCAAUUUGUGGACGGCCACUCACUGACAACCAGGCCGUGCUCCCUCUUUCCAAAGACAUCUUACUGCCAGAAAGUUUGUCUACAGAAGAUGACCUUCGACAGAGUGAGCGUGUCCGGCCUUCGGUGGAAACUUCAAGUGCCCAAAAGGGUGUGGCCCGGUGGACCACCCUGCUUUCAUCCAUGCUGAAUCUCACAGGCACCAGCUUUGUGGAUAAGUGCGUCAUUGUCCUCAAUCUGACUCCCUACAUUGAGGACGUUUUCAACUUGCGUCUUGAGGAAAAGGAGUUCAAGGGUGGCUUCAACACCAAGAACCUGUUCUACCUAUCCGUGACUUGGUUGAACAAGGACACCUUCGGCCAAGCUCGGCUGACCCGAGAAGUUACGGAUGCCUGGUGCCAGAAAAAGUUCAAGCAUGCAGGCCAAGAAUUCACAAUGGAACCCCCAGAGCUCUCGAACCAGGAGAUCGAAUCCAUCCCUGGUGCCAAAGCAUCGCUGGGAAAGCUGGAUGAAAUCAAAUUUGAAACAUUGGAGAGAGUUGACAAGAUGACAAUCAGGAGCGACGAGCACAAGUACUGGGCAGCCCAAACUGGCGAGAUUGGUGACACCUACGCCAAAUUGCGUGACAACCAUGCCCAGCUGAUCAUGCAGAUGGGUUUAUCAACCACAGACACCUCAGCACCAGCACCGGCAACAGCAGAGACUGCAGACCAAGGCACCACACAGACCACGCCUGAGGAGGUGACCAUGGAGUCUUUGGGGAAAUUGGAAGAAACUCUGGGUGUCGAGGUCAAAACUGUCAGCGAGAUCAGCAGCGUGCAGCUGGUCUUAUGUCGAGAUGGCUCGAUAUGGCUGCUCUCCAACCAGGACAAGACGCUUCCCAAGCACCAACUUCUUGGAGGAGUGGGCACAGGACAAUGGAUUCCAGAGUCGGAUCCUGGCCCUGGGAUCUCCUUCGCCUUGAAGGAGGGCGAUCGCACACUUGUCCAAUUGGACGAGGCAAGCUUCGCAUCUGAGCAGCAAGGUUUUUCGACCUUGUCGCUUUUCAAGAUGUUGGUGCGAGCAGAGCGUGAGAAAGGCAUUACGCAGCACCGCGUGAGCUUCUUGACCAUUGAGCGCAAGCAGGACGGGGCAGUGGAGGCAGGAUCUGAUGGCUUUGACAUCAAGAUCAAAAACCAGAUGAAAUUCCGGUGCAUGAAAGACCCGCGAAGUGCUGAGGGAGCAAGUGAACGGGUGAGCAUGAAGAACUUCUUUGCCAAGACAAUGGAUGCCAUCGGAGGAAGCCAACAUUUGAUGCAUGUUUUCCGGUACCGAUUUGAAAAGAUCGGUCAACGUUUCAAGGUUCAGCGACCGUAUGUCGUCUCAAAAAGGGGCAUUUCUUUGAAAAAGGAUUGUCCUCUGAAAGUUUGCAACGGCACCGCGGCACAGUAG